UCCAAAUCGGCAAGAACCAGCUCAGCUCAACCGUACGGCCCCUCUCGGACCACAGGCUCCGAAGGGACAAAAGAGCCCACCAGCAGCAGCCAUGGCACCAAACGGCUCCAUCGUGACGACGACGACGACGACGUCGGAUGAAUCCCUACAACCAUCCCUAGCCCCACCUUCUUCAUCACCGCCGGCACCGCCGACGUGGGUACGGGAGAGUAAUCUGCUGUGGUACCACCGGUGGGUGAUCCGGGUGCUCCGGGCAGGUCCCAUACCGGACCACGUGGCCUUCAUCAUGGACGGUAACAGGCGGUAUGCGAAAAAGGCCAACAUUGCCAAAGUGGAAGGCCAUUCGGCCGGGUUUGAGAAGCUGUCUGAGACGUUGCAGUGGUGCCUGGAGGUCGGCAUCAGCGAGGUCACCGUGUACGCGUUUAGUAUCGAGAACUUCAAGCGCACACAGGACGAGGUGGACGCAUUGAUGGAUCUGGCGCGUGAAAAGUUCCAACGGCUUCUUGCCGAGCGUGAUAAGCUGCACGAGCGAGGCAUCUGCAUCCGGAUCAUUGGCAACUGGGAUCUGCUGGCGCCCGACAUUCAGCGCAGCAUCGCCGAGGCAGUGCUGCUGACGAAGGACAACCGUAAGGCGACGCUGAACGUGGCGUUCGCGUACACGUCGCGGGAUGAAAUGACACAUUCCAUACGUACCGUCGCCCAGGGUAUCAGCGAAGGGCGGCUAGAACCGGAGGACGUCAACGAGGAGCUGCUGACGCGCUGCCUUUACACGAAGUAUUCGGCCGAACCGGAUCUGCUGGUGCGGACGUCGGGAGAGGUUCGGUUGAGCGAUUUUCUGCUCUGGCAAUCGACCAGCACCGUCAUGUACUUUACUGAAACGCUUUGGCCCGAGUUCACCAUCUGGCACCUGUUUGGGGCCGUCUUCUACUAUCAACGGUAUCGGUGGCGAAUGCAGGAUGUCCGUCGGUCACUCGACCGGUUCACUAUCGAUGCUGUCGCCUACUCGGAUGAAGCGGACGCUUCAGAGGGCGCCGCUUGCGUUGAGCGAAAAGAACGAAUAGGACGCUUCUUGGCGCACGUCGAGCAGGAGGAAGAGGAGCAAUUAAGGCGAUUAGUCCGAGGGAUGGCUAUCAAGUGAAGAACGGGUGCGACCCUAGUAUCGGUCGCUAAAUAGCAUUAGCAUACAUACACAUACACAGCUAAACCAGCCAAGCGGGAUCGGUGCGUACGUAGGAUAAAUCGUAGGGUCAAUGUCUUCGCAUUCGCAAAAACAUUGCUGUCUAGUAGGCUACGGGUUCGGUGUCGACCCGAUCCCGAGGGACACUCUUUCCUUUUUGGAAUCCUUACUCUGUUGGGUAGUAGCAAAUGUUAACUAAAUGCAUUAGUUAGUCGUUAGGGAACGAAUCAAGAAAGACAACACUGUACUGUACUGUAAUAUCUUCAUGAUGGCCCCCCGGGCCAGUAGAGUAGUCUCGUACAGCCCCGCGUAUUCGGUUCUUCACGUGGUGCAAUCAUCCAUCCCAUGUAUGCCGUGUUUGUCGUUGAGUGUAAAUAGGCAACAAACCUUUCUUCUACUUCACUAUACCACUUCAGCCAGCCAGGAAAACGUGAUGAAGAUCCGCUGGAUGUACGCCCCUAGGAAUGAUUUGGUGUAAUAAAGCAUGAUGAAUUAUUAUAAAACUA